UCUUGUUUGUCCCUCUUCUUUUUGUUUCUUUCUUUUUCUACUUCUUCUGCGUUUCCCAAGCACCGGCCGAAAUUCAUUGAAUAAAGCUCAAAAACGAAACAGAAACAGCCAAAGCAGGGCAGGGAGAGAAUAAUUCACUGCACAAAAUAACAAAUUAAUAUAGAAAUCGUUGGGUUCGUCAAAGCCUGCCAACAAUCGAUCCCAUGAGGAAUGACAGCUAGGAGGGAAUGGGUCGAAACAAGAUCAAGUUCAUGGAGUGGAAGAUUGGGGACAGGUUCGGGGAACUGAUUCCCUUGGUUCUGAUUAUGGGUUUGAUGAAGAUGAUGGAUUUAUUUUCUCCAAGUAUCUGCAACAAGAACGCCAACUGCAAUCAAUUUUGGGUUAUGGACUUCUUGAUAAUCUAGGAUUUGAUGUCUUUUCUCCCCCACUUGAAGCAUGCAUGGAGGCGAUUGUAGAGCCCCGUGAGACCUCCACUGGAAUUCAAGAUGAUGUGCCACCCAAGAAGGAAAAUAGGUAUCCACAAUCUUUAGCAUCACUUGAGCUGCUUACAAGUCAGGGUAGAGGAUUCAAACGAUUGAAUGGGGGGCGAAUAAUUGAGCCCAGAAGUGAAUCAAUAUGCAUGAAGGAGUCAAUCCGUAGACUGUCAACUGUAGAAAUCAUGAAGGUUGCUAGUGAAAGGUUCAUUCAGUCCUUUUCUGGGAAAGUUGUUGUUGUGCCCUUGCUUAACAAUCCCUUUGAUCUUUCCUUCUCUGGACUCUCUAAAGAGGAAAUAGAAGAUGUGGAGCUUGUUGAUAUCCUUCUAGCUGCCGCAGAGAAGGUGCGGUGCCAAGAAUUUGAACUUACAAUCAAAUUGCUCGGCAAAUGUGAUGAGUUGUCUUCCAUUAAUGGAAAUCCUGUUCAACGAGUAGCUUAUUAUUUUUCUGAAGCUCUUCGAGAAAAGAUUGAUCAAGAAUUGAAGGGCUUGAGAAAGGAGGUUUCAUUUGACAUUGAACAGAUAGUGAUGGAUGCAUUCUCUGCGAGUCUGGCUCACCGCCAAGAAGUUCCCUUUUGUCAGGUUGAACAAUUUGCUGGAAUUCAAGCUAUUAUAGAAAACGUGGCUGAGGCAAAGAAAGUUCACAUAAUUGAUCUUGGCAUCAAAUGUGGAGUGCAAUGGACAAUUCUGAUGCAAGCUCUUGCAUCACGACGUGAAUGCCCUCUGGAGCUUCUCAAGAUAACUUUCGUGGGAUUUACUUCGAGUCAUACUGAGGUUCAAGGUAAAAGGUUAAUGGGUUUUGCCCAAACCAUGAACUUACCAUUCUCUUUUAAGGUUGUCACAAUAUCAGACAUUCUUGACCUCAAAGAAGAUCAAUUUGAGCUUGAUACUGAAGAAACAGUUUCUAUCUACUCCGAGUUUUUCAUUUUUAACCUGAUUGCACAGCCGGAUCGUCUGGAUUAUUUGAUGGGAGUAAUUAGAAACAUGAAUCCAUGUAUAAUGGUGGUCAUUGAAGUUGAGGCAAAUAUAAACUCACCAGCAUUUGUGAGCCGCUUUGUUGAAGGUCUUUUCUAUUAUGGUGCAUAUUUUGAUUGCAUUGAUGCUUGUAUGGAAAGGUAUGAUAAAAACAGGAUCAAUACAGAAAAACUCUUAAAUCUAGGAAUCAGGAGUGCUGUGGUGGCUGAUGGAAAUGAAUGGAGAGCCCGCCAUGUGAAGAUUGACGUAUGGAGGGCUUUCUUUUCCCGUUUUAGGAUGGAGGAGAAAGAUCUUAGUAUGUCUUCCUUGUACCAAGCGCAUCUGAUGGUCCAGAAUUUUGCCUGUGCAAGAUCUUGUACACUUGAUUUGAGUGGGAAAAGCCUAAUUGUCGGGUGGAUGGGAACACCAAUUCAUUCACUUUCAGUUUGGAAGUUCCUUUGAUUAGGCUAAAUCUUCUCAGAUAAUGUAGAAUUGGGAUGGCAUCUC